AUGAUACACCAGCAGGGACCUGCUUUAAAGGUCACUAAGAAAGAGGUAAUGGAGCGGUUUCGACCGUUGAUAUCCCAGACUAGUAAUUUUGUAGGCUCUGACAGUGACAGGUUAAGCAUGCACCAUGAAGAUCACUUUAGUGCUGCUCAGCCAGCCAGGAUCCUUGGUGGGGGUCUGCCUUAUUGUGCUGAAUGGGCUGAAAUCUGCAAGUGUGCAGGAACAGAAUUGAUACAGAACCUAGGAAGAGCCGGGGAAAUGCGGGCGAGCAGAUUUCGCUCCGUGUGUUGGUUGAUAUAUUUAAAAAUACUGCCUGAUGAUCAUACACAGUGGUUAAAGGUGAUUCGGGAGGAACGUGAGAAAUAUGAAACCAUAAGAUUACAUCUCAUGGUGACACCUGGGCUAGGUGAUGAAUCUCUUGAUCCUUUGUUAAACAAUCCUCUCUCACAGCAUGAACAGAGUCCCUGGAAUCAAUAUUUUGAAGACUCGGAGUUAAAGAAACUCAUCAGGCAAGAUGUGAUAAGGACAUUUCCCGAGGUUGAAUUCUUCCAGUCCACUCGUAUCAGAGAUCUUAUGGUCACUGUACUAUUCUGUUAUGCACGGCAACACCCAGACAUAGGAUAUAGACAAGGUAUGCAUGAGGUACUUGCGCCAUUGAUCUUUGUGCUUCACUGCGACCACCAGGCUCACCAGCAUGCUCGUGAGAUGGACCCAACGCCUUUGACCGGGUAUCAGCUAAAUGUUCUUCAGGAACUGAUGGAUGAGGCUUAUCUGGAAUAUGAUGCUUUUUCCCUAUUUGAGGGUGUUAUGAAAGGACUGGAACCAUGGUAUGUUGUCUUAGAACAAUCAAGUCAUCCAGAUCCUCGCUCUACUUUAUUAAAUGCUCAGCCAUUUGCUCGACCACAGGAUGUUGGCCCAACAAACCUGUUAGUUCAAAAACUAACAAGUAUCCACGAUCACCUUCUGCAGCGCCAUGACCCAGCACUUUAUGCGCAUCUAGCACGCCUUGAAAUACCUCCACAGAUAUAUGGCAUUCGAUGGAUUCGUCUGCUGUUUGGAAGGGAAUUUGCACUACAAGAUCUCCUGAUGGUUUGGGAUGCAAUUUUUUCUGACAUUCAGCCUACCUUUCCUUUAGUGGAUUUCUUUACUGUUGCCAUGUUGUCAUUCAUCCGAGAACCAUUAUUGGCAGGUGACUACACUACGUGCUUAAAGUUUCUCAUGCGGUACCCAGCUGCUGCUGAUGUUCAGUACAUCAUACAACUGGCACUUCAUCUUCGUAAUCCUAAACAGUUUCCAAGACCAGCUGGAUAUUCAAGUACAGUUCCACAUCACAUCCCCACUGUUGGAGGUCGACCGGAUGUCCAUCGUGGCCCCCAGCCAGUAGCACCAUCUGCUACUUUUACAAGAUCAUCUAGUGUUCCUCGUACACAACAACACGUUGCUUCUAAAAAGACAUCGGAACAAAUUUCACAUAAUACAGGUUCAUUACGGAGGUUAUCAUCCCCCAAUGCUUUUACUGAUCCUCUUGAUGCUGCUGUGAUCUUCAGCAAUAGCCUGAGCAACAGUAGAGGUGAAGGAACAAGUGGUUGUGAUAGUAGCAGCACUAACAGUAGUGUUAGUAACAAUCAAGGAACUACCAGGGCCAGCAAGGUUGUUUCUGGAUUAGUGAGACUUGGCGGUAAACUCGGAAGACCUAGAGAUCUGCCGGUCUCACGGCACCUGUCCAUCCAGUCAUCCCCGACUCCAUCACCUGGCACAGUGGCAUUUGUUGCAUCACAUGGACAAAGUGACAAAUCUAAUGCACCCACACAAACUAUGAAAGAAUUAGCAGUUGUGCGGACCAAGUCAGUUCCCAUCAGUGCAAGGAGUCGAGAAAGAGAACAGGAGGCAGCUUUGGGCCGGUCUCGAAGUGUUCUGUCAUCAGAUGAGAGUGAAGAGGAGGAUGUCUCAGAGAGGAAGACAUCAGGAGAACAUGAAUCGGAGGGAAUGAGCGUUGAGGAUUUAUCUGCAGUGUGUCUCGGAUGUGCAAUGAACCUUUCUCACCAUUCUGCUGCACUGAAGACACGACUUGCACAGCUCAAUGUGCAGCCAGAUAUCACCCUUAGGACUGCGCUUGAUGGCAUUAAUGAGGUAAUAGAAACAUUAUCAAGUGUACGAAAUCAAGUUUGUGGAUCUGGCAGUACCAGUGUAUCUAAUGGACAAGUUGAAGGCCUCACUCCUGCAGCAUCAAGUCUGUCAUCAGCCCCCACACAUGAACAUCCACUUUCUUUAACACAGGAUAAUGACCAACAGGGUACCUGAGUUUUUUGUAUUUUUUUAUUUGAGUAAGUGGUUCAUUUUAAAACCAAGGUAAUUAUUUUAGUUUUCUGUCAUUCAGUUUUUACUUACCAUUAUUAUCUGCAUAAAUCGGCAUUGAUCUACAUUCUCAGUUACUUUUUCAAGAAUUUAGUUCACAUUACACUAUAUAUUGAUUACAAAUAUAGUUAACCAUUCAUGCAAAUAUAUAUA